GGACAAAACACAGCUAAACUGCCAGAACAGUUCUUGAAUUGAAUCUCCAUUUGAAUACAAUGAAUAUUCUUUCAUGCACAUAAAAAGCCAGUACGAAAUUCCCAAGUUGACUUUCCAACACGAAGCAUCUGGCAUUCUGCCUUUUGGUUUCCUUUUGAAUACUCAGAUGCUUCUUUUUUCCUUUUUUUUUAAUUUAAUUUUCGAACACUAAUUUUAGUUUGCUAAAAAAAAAGAUUCCUAACUCCAUUAAAGCCUGCAACUUGCCUAAGGAAUAAACAAAAUUUUUACUAUUUCUCGCAUCUGGGUAUCAUUCAUCGUUAUCUUUAUUGGAUUAUAUUCUUAAAAUCCAAAAAGAAAAUAAAAAAAAGCCAAAAAUAUAAUCACUGCGUUUACCACUACUACUAUCCCCUUUGUAUCUUUCAAUAAAAAAUUCGUAACGUCUUUUAUUCUUUCAUCACAUGAUCACAUCAGAUUAUUCCCAAUAAAAUUAUUCCAUCAAGUUGUUUAAUUCCAACAAAGUGAAAUUGAUUGUUUUGUGUUUGAGAAAAAACUGAGUGAUCAAUCUUGUUAUGAAAUUCGGGAAAGAAUUUACAACGCAUUUAGAAGAAACCCUACCCGAAUGGAGGGACAAGUAUUUGUGUUACAAGCCCUUGAAGAAGCUUCUCAAGCACCACCUCCGUUCUAUCCCGGCUACCGGCGAUAAUCUUCCCACCGGCGGUGACAAUCCCCCUCCUCUUCCUCCGCCGCCUCCGCCGCACUUGCAGGACUGGUUCGUUAGAAUUCUGAAUGAGGAACUCGACAAAUUCAACGAUUUUUACGUCGAUAAAGAGGAGGAAUUUAUUAUUCGCUUCCAGGAAUUGAAGGAGCGAAUUGAAAGAGUGAAGGAGAAGAGUGGUAGAGAUGGAGUUCUCGCAAAAGACAGAGAAUUUAGUGAUGAGAUGAUGGGGAUACGUAGAGACUUUGUUGCCAUACACGGGGAGAUGGUUCUUCUGAAAAAUUACAGCUCUCUAAAUUUUGCAGGUCUUGUUAAGAUUUUGAAGAAGUUUGAUAAACGAACUGGGGGAUUGUUGCGUCUUCCUUUCACACAACUUGCUCUUGAUCAACCCUUCUUUACAACGGAGCCUCUAAAUAGAUUAGUCCGUGAGUGUGAGGAAAAUCUCGAGGUCCUAUUUCCUUUGGAAGCAGAAGUAGUUGAAUCAGAUGCUACUGCAGAAGGGUCAACCAGAGGAACUACUUCUUAUGCUUCAAAUAUUUCUCUGGCAUUGCCACUUGGGGAAGAAAAUGUGGAUAUAUAUCGAAGUACACUUGCCGCAAUCAAAGCCAUUCAGGGGCUGAAAAAGGCAAGCUCCACAUAUAAUCCACUAUCAUUCUCAUAUAUCUUUGGUGACCAAGAUAAUGAUAGCACGGGCGCUAUAACGGCAGAGAACUCUGAUUCAGACCAGUUGGUUGCCUCUCAGAAUGAUAAAGAGACAGAUCAAGAGGAUUCCCAUCCACCAGAAUAGAAUUCACCUUUGUAGUUUGCUUAUUGGUCUUUGCUCAGUGGUUUGUUGUUAUCUGAGAGAGAUAAAAUGGUUUGCGUCUUCAUUGUAUACGACUGUUCUGGAAUAAAUUGCUCGCUCCAUCCGUAACCUUUAGCCCUAACGUGACGUUUUUAGUUCUUGGAUUACAAAAGCUUGUUGAUUAUCUAGAAUUCUUGUUUGGAACUUUAGAGGGCAAAACCUUUAAAGAUAUACAUUCAGCGGAAGAUGAUUAGCAUCAAAGUUAGCCUUGUCAAAUUUCGAGCAAUAUAGUUAUCCGUACUACAUUUCUA